CCAAAGAGCAGUAUGGCAACGUUGUUUUUGGAUAUUAGCAAAAAAAAUCUCUAUGGCAGCGUCUUUUCGUCGAAGUAGCGAGGCAAAUCCGUGAUAUUUUUUUGGAUUUUUAAAUCCAUUUUUGAUGGCAGUCAUAUUUUGCGAUUGAUGUGUACUCUAAUCUAAAAAUGAGUGACUAUCCUUCUAUGGCUACGCUUCAAAAUAAUAGUCAAACGGCGGGAUAUGUGGAUGCUCUCCAGCGUGCAAAAUUGGUUGCGGCUAAAAUUAGUAGUACUAAGAGACCUUUAGAAGACGGAUCAGAACCCAGCGCAAAGAAAUCUGCUAAUAUUGACCCUUAUCAACAACAAUCAAUGAGUGCUACGGCGGCAGCGGCUGCGGCGGCGGCGGCUGCAUCGGCUCGUAUCGCGGCGGCGUCAGCGGCUGCGCCCGCGCCACCGCUCGGCCCGCCCAACGCGAUGCAGGACCAGACUCUCAACGAAUACAUACGGGUGCCCGACAAGAUGGUCGGACUCAUAAUAGGACGCGGCGGUGAACAGAUCACGAGGUUGCAGGCAGAGUCUGGCUGCAAGAUACAGAUGGCCCCGGACUCUGGUGGACAACCUGACCGUGUCUGCACACUCACUGGGUCCAGGGAGGCAAUUCAGAGAGCAAAGGAACUGGUGAACCAGAUAGUGAACCACCGGGGCAGGGAGAAUGCCCCUCAGCAUCCAGACGGCAACCCUGUCGGCAACAUGCCGCCAAUGCCGCGCGGCGGCGGGGGCCUGGCAACCACGGAAGAAAUAAUGCUGCCAGGACCGAAAGUAGGCUUAAUCAUAGGCAAGAACGGCAAAACUAUUAAACAGCUGCAAGAGCAAUCAGGAGCCAAGAUGGUAGUCAUACAAGAUGGACCUAACACUGAGUAUGAGAAGCCGCUCCGCAUAUCGGGCGACCCGUCCAAGGUGGAGCACGCCAAGCAGCUGGUGUUCGAGCUGCUGGCCGACAAGGACAUGCAGGCGGGGCCGGGGCCCGCGGGCCCGCGACCGCCCUACGACGACUACGGCAACGACCACGGCAACCUCAACGCCAACUCGACAGAGGUAUUAGUACCAAAAAUUGCGGUAGGUGUAGUGAUAGGGAGAGGAGGGGAUAUGAUCAAGAAGAUCCAGGCCGAGACCGGAUGCAGGGUGCAGUUCCACCAGGAGCGUGACGAUGGGCCCGGAGACAAGAGAUGUUAUCUACAAGGGAAACCCCAUCAAGUCGAUCAAGCGAGACAAAUGAUUGAAGAUUUAAUAUCCAGUGUUAAUAGACGGGAACAGGAGGUGAGGUCGGGCGGGCGCGGGGGCGGCGGCGGCGGCGGCGGCGGCGGGGGCGGGGGCGGCGGCCGCAUGCAGCGGAACGGCGACCGCGGCGACUACCAGCACUGGCAGGACGCGCAGGAGAUCCGCGUCACCUUCACCAUGUCCAACGCCAAGUGCGGCCUGAUCAUCGGCAGGGGUGGUGAGGUGAUAAAGCAGAUAAACGCCCAGUCCGGCGCCCACUGCGAGGUGGACCGGCGCGCGACCGGCGCGGACCGGAACAACCGCACGUUCUACAUACGCGGCGCGCCCGACAGCGUCGAGCACUGCAAGCGGAUCAUCAUGGAGAAAGUGGGAAUGGUGAGACGUGAAUGAUAUUGUAGCGUAUGCACACAUA